CUGAACCUGAAAUAUUCUAAUUGGCUUAUAAUCCUAAAUAAAUGAUCCGCACUAAGUAAUAAGAAUAGUACUCAACUUCAUUGGAUUAUGAUAAUGUAAGAUCAUUGAUGGACCUAUGAACUCGAGAUAUUGAAUGUCUUAUGUAAAGUGGCAGGUUUGAGGCUUUGUUUGUACGGUUGCUACUAAGUGCAACAAAUCAAUCACCUCAAUAUGGGUGAUAGUCUGUGUAAUAUUGCUCGAUAUAUUACAUUACUAACGGAUGAAGACAGGUUCGUUCGAAAAAAAGCAUUGAAGUCUGUGGAAGACUACUUGAAUACUAACAGCGAUAAAGAAAGUACCAUUUUUAGUUCAGUAGCAGAAAAUCUGGCAAAGACUUUGAAUGAUCCUGUUGAGGUCAAUCGCGAACUUGCAGUAAAAGUUUUAAAGCUGUCCAUAGAUGUAACUAAUGAUGUGACACCUUUGCUUGCAUUAUUAGUGCCUGUGCUGGUUAUGCGUUUAGGACAGAAAGAAAUAAUAGAACAUUCCGAAGAGAUUCGCUACUCCACACUUAAUCUCUUAUAUAUUUUGCUGAAUAGAACUGAUGAGAUAUCUCCAUUUGUCGAUGAUUAUAUCUCAGUAAUUCAAAAGACACUUGUCGAUCCAUAUCAUGAAAUUAAAAAAUUGUCUUGUAAAAUUACAGUGGUUUUAUCGCAGAGAAAAUGCCAUCGAUUUUAUCAAAUUUCGGAGUCUAUUUUACUGCCUAUGUUGUCAAAUCUUACACAUCAACAUUCGAAAGUUAGAUUAGAAACUGUGGUCGCUCUUGAAAAGGUUUUGCUGCACAGCCAGGGAAAGCUUGUUGAAAAUGUUAUCGCACCAUUAACCCAAAGACUUUUUGAUUCAUCAUCAGCAGUUAGACGAGCUGUUAUUGAACUUGUGGGCUCAUGGUUGUUGGAUUUACCUGAUCGGUAUUCAUAUCAAACAAAGUUAUUGCCUCUACUUCUUUCCGGUUUCAUUGACGAAUCAGAUGAAAUCCGUAUGGUUGCUACAAAAUUGUGGCAUCAUAUAGGUAAGUUAGGAAGGUUGAUUAAACUUUGUAAGCUUUCAGGACUUAAGUUUGAAAAAGAGAACGAAGAGCAGCUGAAAGAUAAACUGGAUUUCGAUCACGGUCCUCCAUUUCACUAUCCAUGUGGGUGCAAACGACCAAUACUGGGUUGUCGAGAGCUCGUCUACAGAUCGGCAUCCAAACUAUUUCCAGGUUUAUGUAAAGAUCUUUCAGACUGGCAAGAAGCAACACGUUUAAAAGCAGCCAGUUUAAUACCCAUAUUAAUAUUACAUCUUGAAGAAUCUGCUACUCAACAUACUCAACAUCUUUUAACGGGUAUUGCAAAUGGUCUAGCUGAUGCACUUAGUCGAAUAUCACCUGUAGGAAAUAUGUCUUUAAUAAAUAUGAUGCCUAUAGUUUCAUUUCGGAAGGAAACAUCUUCGUCAAGUACAACCACUGCUGACAGAGUAGAUGUAAUGAGUUUAGUCGUUACACAUGCCACAUCUCAGGUGUUUAGUUUAUCUGAAGCCAACGAGGCAAUUAAAAUUAUCAAUCAAUUAUUUAUUGCUGCUCAAGUUUUGGGUUGCAUGAUCCCCACUAAGUUUUGGUGGCAUUUACUGGAACCAUGUCUUGAUCGUUGUACAGAAUCUGGUGCACCAUCAUCAUUAGCUGGCCAUUUACUCCUUUUAUCUGGUUUACUUCAUGGUAGUCCAUUAAACCAAUUAAUAAUAACUGACGAAAUGAAAGAGUUAAAGCGUGACUCAUCAUUGAAUAAGUGUUCUACUAAUGUGACUAAUGCUUUCGCUAAUACUACCAGUACUGCUACUACUUCUGAUGAUAGUCAUUGUAUUCAUGGGAAUGAAACUAAUGAAAAUAAUGAUUAUCAAAUGAAAAGUGGUCAUGUCAAGGAGACCUAUACACCAAUCAAUUAUAGUACAUUACAUAAGAUUAUCUCUUAUCUUUGUCAAAAUGAAUUAAUCUCUGUCAUAUCGAUUAAUGCCAAAGCAGGUCUAUUAGAAUGUGUUCAAGUGUGUAUUAAACAUCUUGAAGAAGCGAUUGUUUUAUUAAAAAAGGAAACAGAACAACAGCAACAACAAGGGGAUACUUUAGAAACUUUACAACUGAAUGAUGAUAGUCAUAAAAAUAUUAUUCAAGCUACUUAUAACGCAGCAAAAUUAGUAAUUCAAGACAACCAGAUCCGUUCAUGUUUGUUUGAAAUAAUUCUUGGAUCGGGUGCAAUUUGGCCAGAAAAUGAUUUGAUUUCAUCAGAUUUCGGUCGUACAGUUCUUAGUUCAUGUGAUAAACUCAUGCAAUGGUUAGCAGCCUGUCACCGUGACUGUAUAAAUUUAUCCAAACAAUAUCAUCUCUCCACUGAGGAGGACUUUGAAGUAAAUUCAACAACAGUUAGUCAUAUGGAUCAACUGUUUUUCAGCUGUAUGCCUAAGUUAAUUUGUAGAUUAAAUGAAGAUUUGAAAAAAUCUAUUUCAUGGAAUCCACGUUCAGUUGGAUUAGCGAUACUUUCACGUUGUUUACAAAUAGCUACUGGACCGGCACUAUUAUUCACAUUUAAUAAUCAUGAUAAUAAUAGUCAAAAUAAAAAAGAAUGUUUAGCAGCUGUGCUGGAUCUUUUAGAACGUGGUUGUCGAUUAAAUCGUGCACCCUGUGGCGGUGGUGUUGACAAUGGUAGUAGUAAUAGUAGUCAGUUUGAUAAAUCACCCGGCGGUACAGAUCCAUUAACAUUAGCUAGUGAGGCUGAACUUCGUCUACGUGGUUUAAUGUUGCUUACAAAACUGACAGAUAAUAAUCAGAUCAGAGAAGUAUUAUCAUCCCCAAAAUAUUUGGACUAUUGUUUUUCUAAAUUAAUUUUACCCGUAUGUGUAUGGAGAGCUGGUCGUACAUCAGAAGCCAUGCGAAAAGCAGCUAUUACAAGUUAUUUAGCAUUAUUAGCUAGUGCUGUAUCAAUGUAUCAUUUAUCUGAAAUUGUUUUGAAUUUACGAACUAACAGUGAAAUCAACAUAGAUAAUUGGCUUUUAACUAACAACAUUGAAUCUAUGCAUGAGAUUAUGCAAGAGUUAACAAAUAGAGAGGAAGUCUGUGAUAUUAAUAAUACUAAUUCUAACAAUGAGAUACAAUUCUUUCCAAAAUAUAGUAAUCUACCAAGUUUAUCUGGCUCCUUGUUAUCUUUGAUGUUGGCACGUUUAGGCUCAUUAUUAGAUGAUGAUUUGGAAGGGACCAGACGUUUAGCUUGUCUUUGUUUGACCAUAUUCUUUAAUGGUCUUCUUAUACCUUCACCACCAAUAUCACCGGCAUCUUCAUCAUCGAUGGAGUUAUCUAACGGUAAUCAAAAUCAUUAUGAAGGAAAUCGAGUUAUAGAUUUUCUCAAUUCACCUACAUGGAUUCAACCGCUUACUACUACUAUUACUAAUACUGUUAGCAGUAGUAAUCAUGAAUUGGUCAAAGAACAUAGUGUAUUAUUGCCUUAUUGUCCACUGGCCAAUUCAUUUGGUGAUCAAGUCUAUCGUUUUUAUGGUAAUUUUAUUAAGCGUCUUAAUGAUUCGAAAGAUCAAAUACGAUUACUUAUCUGUGAAACAAUCAAUGCAUGGAUUCGUCUACUUAUUCCAAUGUUAACAUCAUCAACAACAACAACCAUUAAAACAUCUCAGCAAUUAAAUCCAGUUUAUACUGCUGUUAUAGAAGAUUUCCUAAAUAACCUCAUUAUUCAUUUAGAUGAUCCUAAUUCACGAAUACGUGCCAGUGUAUCACGUGUUCUCUUGAGAAUCAAUCAAUUCGCUCCAGAUCUGGUGAUUAAAGUUUUAAACAAAGCUAAAUUAUGUCAUCGUUCAUCUCAAUUAUGUGAUAAACUAUUAGAAUUUUGUCAUUCACAUUCUCAGUAAUGUUCAAAAGAAAAUAUUAUCGAUAAAAUGACCGAGAUAAAUGAGGAACGAGUGAUAAAAGGAUUGAAAUUGUAAAGUGGUAUUGGCUACAUUUUUGGAUAAUCUAUGCUCCCACACAUCUAAUUAAGCUUUACACUGCUGUUGGCAAAAUUUUUUUCUAAUUAACUUUUGUUUUUAUUGGCUAGUCUUUGUGUUACAACAUUUUAAUACAAAAUGUACAACUUAUGACGAUAGGUCACAUAUAUUUUUUAUUUAUUUAUGUGAAAUUACAAGUGAAUAAAAGAAACUACUACUGAGAAUGUUGUUCCUUUCUUUUUCGGUGUUUCUUUUUUUUAGAUUAUUGGGUGAUCAGUUUUUCACCUUUAAAUCAUAUAUACAUUAAUUGUAGUUUUUGCGCUAACUGACAAAUAUACACACAAAGAUUUGUGUAUGUGUACACUUUUGUAUGUAUUUAAUGGGUGCUUCCUGGUAUCAUGUAAUGUUUUUACGUUUACUAAGGUAAUCCAGUAUAGAUAUACUUUACCAACGAUCUUCAACGAACAAUCAAAAUAAUAAAAGCUGAUUUUAAAUAUUAAAAGUGCCAUUAUGAAUAGUUUAUUGUUGGAUAUCAUGUUUUUGAUUAGAUUUUGAAUGUUUGAUGGAUUGGAUGAAGAGUUUUUUUGUGUGUAACGAGUAAUUAAGUUUAGAGCGUAGACGUUAAGAUUGGGUUGUUAGAGUUAGGCGUAUUAGGAUUUUAAAACGUUAAGGAUAUUAGGAUUUAUAGCCCAAUAUAUGGAUAAUCACCCUGUAAUAGGUUCAUUUAUCAUCUUUAAUCCCUAUAUCAUGUUUUUUGAAUAAAGAGCUCUUUCAUAAAAGCUGCAUUCCGAUUGAUUAGGUCUUAGAUCAGUUUUGAAAUCCCUCUUAGCUGUCAGUGUGCCAUAUAUUUACCGAUAAUGUACUAGAUUUAUUGGUAUUUAAAAGCUUUUUUAAACUUUCAUUCGACUUUUAGUUUGUAUUCUAGUGAUAAAGUUUAUUCUAAAUAAUGUGGAAUGUUGUAACCAAGCGACCAAAUGCUGGUUUACUCAUUCAACUCUGCACCAUAUUUGGGGUUUAAAUGUCUUUAAAGUACUGCUAGUGGUUAGGAUUCUAAACUUUCAGCCACUAUGUCUUGGCUUUAAACCUUGCCACAUCUCCUUCGGUCAGAGUAACCGGUAUUGUAUUAGUAUCCAAAUACUUAGUUAAUUUAUAAAUUAUAGACAUAAGAGUACAAGUCAAAAAAUUUAAACCAUGCCCCUUCCCCCAAUACAGUGCAGGCCAGCACAAGCCUUAAAUUGUAGAAAGACUAGGUACAACGAAACCAACACGACGUCAGUUCGUGAAGUUAUUGGCUGUUAGUUUGUGCAGACCGAUGACGUGAUUAAAUGUUGGUGAUGUUAGCAUAAUACCAAAGAGGGUUGCAAUGAUAGUGACAUAUACCUUCUUAACUUUCCAAAUUUUACGUUUCAACAUUGAGUCACUCACUAAAUUCUUCAUUAUUUCGUUUUCGGACCGUAUUCUUUGCUUAGUUUUUUUCACGGUAAUUGACACUACGAUUAUUUUGAUUUCUUUUCUAUUCACCAUGUUAAUUUUAACUCGCUAUGAUGUGGUGUUGUGAUUUUAAUAGAUUUGUAUCUGUCCC